AUUCCGUUAAAACUAAUAAAAUUUCUAUUAAAAAUUUCUAUUUUUGUAUAAAUUUACUUAACACAACUCUGCUAGCAGCAGUUGUCGGGGUUGCAGUACGUAGUGUUUAUAAAUUCUUCCAAAGUAAUACAAAUUUAAAAUAGUUUAAUAAGGACCACGUUUAAUAUUGUAUCAAUUGUGAUUUAAGCGAAUAAACAAAUUUUCAACAAAUAUAUAAUUUUUAUGUAAUAACAUAUUUAAGCCUCUUGAUAAGCUAUGAUGGAUAUUGAUGCGAAAACAAAUAUUUCACAAUAUAAUAAAAAUAUAUCUAAAGAGUUGCGUUCCAAGGCAAACGAUUUUCUUAAUUCUAGGCGACAUGCCAAUAAUCUUGUCGAUAUAAUUGCAUAUUUACAAAAAUGCAUGGAUGAAAAUUUACCUACUACAGCACCGAUUCUUACUUUAGAAGUGAUUUUCAAGGAGUUGCUAAAGAGAAAUGAAAUGAAUGUAGAAAUCAACACAUCGACAACAAAAGCAGAUGACACAGAAACUCAAUAUCAUUCGUGGCUGCUUGAGCGGUAUGAAGAAGCAUUAGACUUAAUAUUGAAAAAUAUUGAACAUGAGAAAGCGCAUGAGGCCGCGCAGGCUGUUGUUACUUGCAUGAAAUUGUUGUCCACAGAAGGGAAAUAUCCGUUAUCUAAAAAUAAUACAUAUCCUUUCCCAAAGAAAAGAUUGCAAAAUAUAUUAAAAAAAAUAUUGUCGCCUCAUAAGCAGCAAACUGCAAUAAUAUAUCGAUUUAAAGAGUAUGCGGAGUAUAUGGACAUAGUGUUUUAUAGCUGGAAAUUGCUUCAUAAUUUGGGAAAUAAAACAUUAUUUGCAAAUGAGACUUUUGCUUUAAAUUACUUGGAAUUUAUAAAUGCAAUUCCAGUUACGAAAGCAUUGCAAGAAGAUGUGAAAAUAUUAUGUGCGCUUAAAAACUUACCUAUAGAUAAUUUUUAUGUUUUAAUAAAAAAAUGGAUUAAUCGAGUGUGGAAUUCAUUAAUGCAGUGGAUUGAUAAUAUACAGGAAAGUGUGCAUAGACAAUUACUAAUAGUAUUGUUGGAACGUUUUAUGGUACAUCUGGAUAAACCGGUUCUUUUAACUGAUUUUUUAAUGGAUUCACUAGACUAUGGUGGCGCUGUAAGUUUAUUAGCAUUACAAGGCAUAUUUACAUUAAUUCAAAAACACAACAUAACAUAUCCUAACAUUUAUGAGAAACUUUAUUCAAUGUUUGAACCGGAAAUAUUCCACACUAAAUAUAAAGCUAGACUUUUUUAUUUGGCGGACAUUUUUUUGAGUUCUACACAUUUGCCUGAAAGUUUAGUUGCUGCUUUUGCUAAGCGGUUGGCGCGCUUAAGUCUGAUUGCACCACCGCAAGACGCUAUAAUAGUUAUGUACUUCAUUGGUAAUCUAUUACUACGGCAUUCUGGCUUAAAGCGUUUAAUAUGUGCAUAUUCCCCUGCUGAAUUAUCUCGAGAUCCAUAUGUAAUGGAAGAACGUGAACCAACUAAAUCGAAUGCAAUAGAAAGUUCGUUGUGGGAAAUAAUUGCGCUACAAAAGCAUGCUGUACCCUCUGUUGCAAAUACAGCUAAAUUUAUAUCACAGCCACUACCAACAACGGAAUGGGAUUUAUCAACAGUCUUGGACAUUAAAGAAGAAGAUAUAUUUGAUCAAGAAAUUGCGAAGAAAUCAAAGCAAUAUGCGCUUGCUUUUGAGCGUCCUCUGGCGUUGGCAUUACCUAGAAAUGAUAAGGUUGUAAAGUAUUGGAAGUUAUUUUGAAUUAUUUCAUCCAUAUAACUUUUAUAUGCUAUUAGUUUAGUGCAUUAUGCAUAUGUCUUUAAACAGUUGUGUGUAAUUGCUUUUUGUUUGGUUUUAAAUAAUCCUUCAAAAAGGUUGUAAAUGUAAAU